AUGGAGGACCAGAGGGAGGCUCUGCGGAAGAUCAUCACCACGCUGGCUGUGAAGAAUGAAGAGAUUCAAAGCUUCAUCUACUCCCUCAAGCAAAUGCUGCUGAACGUGGAGGCCAACUCCACCAAGGUGCAGGAAGACCUGGAGGCGGAGUUCCAGUCCCUCUUUUCCCUCCUGGAGGAGCUGAAGGAGGGCAUGUUGAUGAAGAUCAAGCAGGACCGUGCCAGCCGCACCUACGAGCUGCAGAACCAGCUGGCUGCCUGCACGCGGGCCCUGGAGAGCUCAGAGGAGCUUCUGGAGACGGCCAACCAGACCCUGCAGGCCACGGACAGCGAGGACUUCCCUCAGGCUGCCAAGCAAAUCAAAGAUGGUGUGACGAUGGCGCCUGCCUUCCGGCUGUCGUUGAAAGCCAAGGUCAGCGACAACAUGAGUCACCUCAUGGUGGACUUUGCACAGGAGCGCAGGAUGCUGCAGGCACUCAAGUUCCUACCUGUGCCCAGCGCCCCUGUGAUUGACCUGGCCGAGUCCCUGGUGGCAGACAACUGCGUGACCUUGGUGUGGCGCAUGCCGGACGAGGACAGCAAGAUCGACCACUACGUGCUGGAGUACAGGCGGACCAACUUCGAGGGCCCGCCCCGCCUCAAGGAGGAGCAGCCGUGGAUGGUCAUCGAGGGCAUCCGGCAGACGGAGUACACCCUGACCGGUCUCAAGUUUGACAUGAAAUACAUGAAUUUCCGUGUGAAGGCCUGUAAUAAGGCAGUUGCAGGCGAGUUCUCCGAGUCGGUGACCCUGGAGACACCAGCGUUCAUGUUCCGCCUGGACGCGUCCACAUCUCACCAGAACCUGCGGGUGGAUGAUCUCUCCGUGGAGUGGGACGCCAUGGGCGGGAAGGUGCAGGACAUCAAGGCUCGCGAGAAGGACGGCAAGGGGCGCACGGCCCUUCUCCCUGUCACUCACAGAGGCGUCCCGUCUCCCAAGAGGAUGCCCUCCGGUCGUGGGGGCCGGGAUCGCUUCACGGCCGAGUCCUACACGGUGCUGGGGGACACGCUGAUCGACGGCGGGGAGCAUUACUGGGAGGUGCGCUUCGAGCCGGACAGCAAGGCGUUCGGCGUGGGGGUGGCCUACCGCAGCCUGGGCCGCUUCGAGCAGCUGGGCAAGACGGCCGCGUCCUGGUGCCUGCACGUCAACAACUGGUUGCAGGCCAGCUUCACCGCCAAGCACGCCAACAAGGCCAAGGUGCUGGACGCGCCCGUGCCCGACUGCCUGGGCGUGCACUGUGACUUCCACCAAGGCCUCCUGUCCUUCUACAACGCCCGGACCAAACAGCUGCUGCACACUUUCAAGGCCAAGUUCACACAGCCACUGCUGCCCGCUUUCACGGUGUGGUGCGGUAGUUUCCAGGUGACGACGGGCCUGCAGGUCCCCAGCUCCGUGCGCUGCCUGCAGAAGCGGGGGAGUGCCACCAGCAGCUCCAACACCAGCCUCACCUAGGCGCCUGGACCGCCCGCCCCGCCCGGCUGAUCCAGAGGGGGGCCCUCCCAGGCCUCGGGUGUUUCAGCCAGCACCCUUUCCUCUCUUGCUGCUUGGAGCCUUAACUCCUGCGGGGGUCACCACUGGGGAGCGGCGGGCCCCGGGGCGGGCCCUCCUCCCCAC